AUGAGCUAUCAAAUGCAGGAUUGGGGAGAGAAGCCCUCAGAGCGAUCACGAUGGACUCCCCUAACGCGAAUGCUGCUAUCGGGUGAGAUGACCCAAGAGAAGCAACAGGAACUAUCGUCAAGAGAAAAGUUUGAUCGCUGGAUGAUCAACGAAGGUUAUCGAAGAUUCUUCGUCUUUGUCUUUAUGCUUCUUCACGCACUCAUCUUCUCCUUCGCAUGCGUCCACUACUCUCAAAAAGAGAGUCUCAAAACCUCCAAUGAACUCUUCGGCUUCACCUUCGUCAUAGCUCGUUCAGCCGCUCUGGUCCUUCAUGUCGACGUCGCCAUCAUUCUCUUCCCCGUCUCUCGAACCCUCAUCUCGCUCCUUCGACAGACACCUCUCAAUGGCAUCCUCCAGUUCGACAAGAACAUCACCUUCCACAUCGUCACCGCCUGGUCCAUCGUUUUCUGGUCCUGGGUCCAUACCAUUGCUCACUGGAAUAACUUUGCCCAGGUCGCCAUCAAGUACAAGCUUGGUAUCUACGGCUGGUUGGUUGCCAAUUUUGUGUCUGGACCUGGUUGGACUGGCUAUGUCAUGCUUAUUGCGCUGAUGGGUAUGGUUCUCACGUCGACCGAGAAGCCUCGACGAGCAAACUUUGAGCGCUUCUGGUAUACUCACCACAUGUUCAUCGUUUUCUUCUUCUUCUGGUCUAUCCACGGAGCUUUCUGCAUGAUUCAGCCAGAUGUUGCACCGUUCUGCACCAGCGUUGGCGCAUCGGCUGUUGGAGUCUUCUGGCAAUACUGGAUGUACAGCGGUUUCAUUUACCUGGCCGAGCGUAUCGCACGCGAGGUGCGAGGUCGUCACAGGACAUACAUCACCAAGGUCAUUCAACAUCCCAGCAAUGUUUGCGAGAUCCAGAUGAAGAAGGAGCACACAAAGACGCGAGCUGGGCAGUACAUAUUCUUGUGCUGCCCUGCCGUCUCGCUAUGGCAGUACCAUCCCUUCACUUUGACCAGUGCCCCCGAGGAGGACUACAUCUCGGUCCACAUUCGUUGCGUGGGUGACUUUACUAAGGAGCUUUCCAAGGCUUUGGGUUGUGAUUGGAGUAAGAAGAGGGAACCCGGUGGCAACGAUUCCAGCAAAGUCGUUGGUUUGACUGGACGCGACUCCGAGAUCGAUCCAGCUAUCCGCCGUGUUCUCCCCAGAGUCUACGUCGACGGUCCUUUUGGUUCUGCCUCUGAAGAUGUCUUCAAGUACGAAGUCUCGGUGCUUGUUGGUGCAGGUAUCGGUGUUACACCGUUCGCCUCCAUCCUCAAGUCCAUCUGGUACCGAAUGAACUAUCCCCAGAAGAAGACCCGCCUAGCCAAGGUCUACUUCUUCUGGAUUUGCCGUGACUUUGACUCCUUCGAGUGGUUCCGCUCACUGCUUCUGGCAGUUGAAGCGCAGGAUCUGGACCACCGUAUUGAGAUUCACACGUACCUCACAGCCAAGAUCAAGGCCGACGACGCGACAAACAUCAUGAUCAACGAUGCCAACGCCGACAAGGACACCAUCACUGGUCUGCGCAGCCCGACAAACUUUGGCAGACCCAACUGGGACAUGAUCUUUAGAGGUAUCAGGAAGCUGCACAGUCCUGCUGAGGCGGGUGUGUUCUUCUGUGGACCCAAGGGACUGGGAAGUUCGCUGCAUACGUAUUGUAACAAGUACACCGAGCCUGGAUUCUCUUUUGUUUGGGGCAAGGAGAACUUCUAA